AACCCCACAGAACAAGACUUCCGUUAGAGCUGGUCAUGUGACUAACUGCUGAAAGCUAAAGACGUGUGUUGUUAGCCAAUGUGUGAAAAUGGAGCCGUUUAGAAGGCUAGUAAAGUAUUUAGUGUUGCUAUCUGCGGUAUGGGAUGUCGCUCAUGUUCAGCACGGUGGGAUGCUGUUCCCCCGGGAGUCGUCGUCCCGUGAGAUCAGAGAGCUGAACGGGCUGUGGGACUUCAGAGCCGACUUCUCACAUAACAGGAACUUGGGCUUUGAACAGGCUUGGUAUAAAAGUCCCCUUGCAGAGACCGGUCCGGUGAUUGACAUGCCAGUGCCUGCCAGCUACAACGACAUCACCCAGGAUCCACGGCUGAGGGAUUUCAUUGGCUGGGUGUGGUAUGAGAGAGAGGUGUUGGUACCCUCACGCUGGGUGUCUGAUGAGGGAACCAGAGUUGUGCUGAGGGUUGGGAGUGCACACUACUACUCAGUGGUCUGGGUGAAUGGAAUCAAAAUGACAGAGCACGAGGGCGGCCAUCUUCCCUUCGAGGCUGAGGUCGGUGAUGUCCUCCGUAAGGAUCCAGGUGUGGCCUGCAGGAUCACCAUAGCUGUCAACAACACCCUGACUCUCCAGACUCUGCCCCCAGGGACCAUUCAACAUAUUGACGACCCCACCAGGUAUCCUGCUAACUAUGUUGUACAAAACACCAACUUUGACUUCUUCAACUAUGCUGGUUUGCAUCGUCCUGUUCUACUGUAUACCACCCCUAAGGCGUAUGUUGAUGACAUCACAGUGCUGACAACCUUUGCUGACAACAUUGGGCUCAUCAGUUACCAGGUGUCAGUGCUGGGCAGUCCCAACUCCACGCUGAAGGUGACCCUCUCGGACAAAGAUGGCCACUCUGUGGCCUCCUCCACUGGACCGUCUGGGGUCCUCAAAGUGACGGACGUCAGCCUGUGGUGGCCGUAUCUAAUGCAUGAGAGCCCAGGUUAUCUGUAUUCUAUGGAGGUUCACAUGACGACAGCUAGCGAGGGUUCUGUCUGUGAGGAUGUUUAUGCUCUGCCUGUGGGAAUCCGCACUGUGCAGGUCACCAACACACAGUUCCUCAUCAACAGCAAACCCUUCUAUUUCCACGGAGUCAACAAACAUGAGGAUGCCGAUAUCAGAGGAAAGGGCUUCGACUGGCCCCUGAUUGUGAAGGAUUUUAACCUGUUGAAGUGGCUAGGGGCCAACUCGUUCAGGACCAGUCACUACCCAUACGCUGAGGAGAUCAUGCAGAUGGCUGACCGUCAUGGCAUUGUGGUCAUUGACGAGUGUCCCGGGGUGGGCAUCAAAGACAUCCGUAGUUUUGGUAACGCCUCCCUAUCUCAUCACCUGGUGGUUAUGGACGAACUGGUGAGAAGGGACAAGAAUCACGCCUCCGUGGUCAUGUGGUCUGUAGCCAAUGAGCCGGCCGCUGAGAUGCCCCCUGCUGGAUUAUAUUUCAAGACACUGAUAGCUCAUACCAAAUCUCUGGAUGUCACUCGACCGGUCACGUUUAUCACCUCCAGUAACUUUGCCAGGGACAAGGGGGCUCCCUAUGUGGAUGUGAUCUGUGUGAACAGUUACUUCUCCUGGUACAGUGACCCAGGUCACCUGGAGGUCAUCCCCUUCCAGCUCAACACCCAGUUUGAGAACUGGUACGGGAAGUACCAGAAACCCAUCAUCCAGAGUGAAUACGGAGCCGACGUGGUUCCAGGACUGCACACGGAUCCUCCCAUGAUGUUCACUGAGGAAUACCAGAAAAUUGUGUUAAAAAACUACCAUGAUGUGUUUGACCAGAAGAGGAAGGAGUAUGUCAUUGGAGAGCUCAUCUGGAACUUUGCUGACUUCAUGACUGCACAAACGGUGACCCGCGUGGUGGGCAACAAGAAGGGAAUCUUCAGCCGGCAGAGGCAGCCCAAAGCUGGGGCCUUCCUCCUGAGGGAGAGGUACUGGAGGCUGGCCAAUGAGACGGGCCUGCUGCCCACCUGGUCCAGGUACCCCUGCUACCUGGCUACGUACCCCUGACUCCACCUGGGUCCUAUUCAUUAGCGCAGAACCUGGCUACGUACCCCUGACCACACCUGGGUCCUAUUCAUUAGCGCAGAACCCUACACAUUGUAACAAAACAUUUCGAAACCUUUUGCAACCGAAAACAAAAACAAUCAUUUCUUAUUUGACGAGUCCAGGUAGUCCUCCUCUGUUUUUGUUCCGUUUGGUGUCUUAACACCAACCUGUAUGGAGCAGACUGCUUGACGACUAGAAACGCUAUGAAGACCACAGCACGUAAUUACCAGAACCAACUGGAUCAAUGGCUGCAUUUACACAAGCAGCUCAAUUCUGAUAUUUGUUUCACUAAUUGGACAAAUGACCAAUCGGAUCUGAUUUAGUGGAAGAAUGAUCAGAAUUGGUGUGCCUGUGUAAACGCAGCUAUUCCUGUGCGACCCUCUGCUCAGACGUCGCUGACGCCUGGGUAGGUGUUUUACCUAUCCGUUAACCACAUGUGUUAUAGCAAUCUGUCAGUCAAUGGGUGGAUUUGAUUAUGCUGAGCUGCAGGACAACGGUCUAUGGCUCGUGACGUGAACGGUCAAAAGCAGUAAGAGAGUCCUUCUCAAAUCAAGCAGUAAUCUGCGCUGCUCGGUCACGUUAGUUUUCAUUCAGAAGGCAGAUAGUGUUUUUAUCAAAAGCAAUCACUUUUGCAUGUGAAAACACAGAAUCCUACUCAUUACUCCCAUGUCCUUAACCGGUUCCAAAACAAAUGCAAUCAACUAUCACCCGGUGCAAAACACGCCUACCCGGGCCAGAUUAAUCAAAUGCCCUCAUUUGAGACAGUCGAUGACUUGGCAUACAACCAUUGGUUACAACGUCUGUCUUGCCUUUUUUUUGUAAUUCAGGGAUCAACCAGUUAUAUACAUGAAUGUGAAUCAUGAUGCUGUUCAGUGUAAAUAAAUGGGAAUGUGAUGUAUGAAAGAAAGAA